AUGUCCCACAAAGUUGACCCAUCAUCUAGUAUUGAUAGAUAUUCAAUUAAUGUAAUGCCAUUUACUAAUGUAUGUAGAAAUAUGAAUUGUCAAGGACAAAGUUUGGAUAUUGUAUUUUCAAGAACUGGUCAUAUCGCAAAUUUAAACUCAAUGGAACCAUGUUCAAUUUAUACUAGCACCUGCAGACAUUGUAAAUGUGUCUAUGGGCCGUCAUCAAUUCUUGAUUCACAUAAUAAUCAACGUAUUAUUACUACUCAAUCAAUUCAAGACAUUGAUUACGUUUAUUUUUCUGGUGAUCUUGUUUAUUCGAGACAUUUAUUGGCAAUGUUUAGUAAUAGUUUGAUCCAUGCUCAUACAACAUUUCAAGGUUUUGCUGAAAGCUAUAUAUCCACUCUUGUUGAUCUUGAUGCAAACCAAACAUCAAUAUACUCAGCAAAUACAUUUGGAAAGCGUUUAGAAAUCGUUUGGCUAUAUUACGAACUUAGCCGAUUUAUUUUUCUUACUAGUUGUGAAACAUCAAUCAGCUUUCCAAAAUCUUUCCAACCAGAAGCCAGACCAAUAUUUAUUGAACAAAAUUUACCUUUUAUUUUUCACAUUUUUACAGUAUUUUGGUCAAAUCAUCGUAUGCUUAAUGGAAUUAAGUGUAAAGAGAAAUUAUGCUCACGCGUUAUGUUGAUCGACGGUCACCAGAAAUGCCAACGUAUUAUUUGUCAAUUUGAAAAUCUUAUAAACAUGAACCAUCCAGAAAUGGGACCAGUUGUUCAGGGUUGUCCUUACGCACCAAACAGAAAGAAAAAAAAUGAAAAAGGAAAUGAUCAAUCGGUUUUUUAUUGUUCUCAUCAUGCAAAAUAUGUUGACAUGACCAAAAAUGGUGAACAGCAUCAUACAAAUCAAUAUGAAGAAGCAAAUAAAAUUGAUCAACAAACCAUAGCUGAGUUGAACAACGAAGAUAUGUGUAACGUAUAUCGAAGUGACAUCAGAACAGAUCAGAAGAAUCGAUCAUUUGGUUUACUUGUAACAUUCUUGUCUUGCAAUGUGGCCGUCAGCUUUACUGAAUCCAUCAAAUCAGAAGGAUGUCGUCGAGUUACAGAUCAUUUAUUGACUAUGUUAAAGUCUGGUGCAAAUCUUCCCGAUGUCUUAUUUUACGAUAAUGCUUGUGCACUUCGUUUGCACUGGAACAAAGUGUUAGACACGAAAUAUUUAGCUAAGAAUGAAUUUACUAACAAAUUAUACAAUUUAUUACUUGUACUAGAUCGUUUUCACAGAAAAGGUCACACCAGACCUAUGUGUCGCAAAAUGAUGAAUCCAGAUGAUGACAGAUAUGGUACAAAGUUUAAGGAUAUUAAUACAUCUGUUUGUGAACAAUUCUUCUCAUUUUUGACAAAAUUUCGAUGUUCUUUGAGGGGUUUUAACUAUCCAACAUCCACUUUAUUUUCAUUACUGCUUUCCCAUUUAAAGAAUUGUCACACUACCGGCAUUAAACAAAAGGGUGCUUUCACGCAGGUCCGCCCACUUUAUACACGACCUUCCGCAGGCACGAUUUAA